AUGCAUGUACCGUACGUCGUCGGCGCAGCUGACGCGCUGGGGAUACCGUUCCUGACGCCCUACCUCGCCGGCAACAAGAGCGGUGACUACGCCCACGGCGCCAACUUCGCGGUGGGCGGCGCGACGGCGCUCGGCCGCGGCUACUUCAGGAGGAAGAAGCUUGACGCCCGUUUCACUCCCAAGGUACACCGAUCGCUCUUCCAUGGCUUACCGCACCGCAAAGGUGACCUGAAUUUGCCCCUGCUGUUCCCUACUCCAGGUACAAAAUGGAGUGAUCUGAUGGCGAGCUCCUUGUUCCUGCUCGGAGAGAUCGGCGGGAACGACUACAACCAGGCCUUGUUCCAGGGCAGGUCCGUCGACGAGGUCAAGACCUUCGUCCCCGACGUCGUCGCCGCCAUCAGCGCUGCUCUCACCGAACUGAUCGGGCUAGGCGCCAGGACGGUAGUGGUGCCGGGCAACUUCCCGACGGGGUGCAACCCGGGGUACCUGGCGCAGUUCCAGACCAACGACACGGCGCAAUACGACGCCAAGGGCUGCCUCCGGUGGCCCAACGACCUCUCCCAGCUCCACAACCGCGCGCUCAUGGCGGAGCUGGCCGAGCUCCGCCGCCGCCACCCGGGCGUCGCCGUCGUCUACGCCGACUACUACGCCGCCGCCAUGGACAUCACCGCCGACCCCCGUAAGCAUGGGUUCGGCGGCGCGCCGCUGGUGUCGUGCUGCGGCGGCGGCGGACCGUACAACACCAACUUCACGGCGCACUGCGGCGCGACCACGUCCACCACGUGCCGCCACCCCUACGAGGCCGUGUCAUGGGACGGCUUCCACUUCACGGACCACGCGUACAAGGUCAUCGCCGACGGCGUGCUCCGGGGACCCUACGCCGCGCCGCCGGUGCCGCUCGCGAAAUGCGGCAGCCGGUCAUGACAUGCAUGCAUUCACC